AUCACUAGCUUAACCGAGUUGUUCAUUCGAAUAAAAGAGAAGAAGAGUUACCCAUUUAAUCUGCUCACCCAAGCAAACAUGACCGUUUUUAUCCUUAAUGGUUUGGUUCUUAUCUUGAUCGUGAGUCUGACGUCGUCUUACGUCAUCAAUGAUCUAUACCCGGACGAAAGUGAAACUAUAGAAGACGUGAACAGCGAACUUCUAGAGUUAAAUGAAAUGAACUACAUGGAUCCCAACAUGAACAUGGACAACAAUCUGGGCAUGAGACAAGUUGAGGACAUUGUUGUCCAAAAUGGUGGACCUAAGAUCAGAGCUACAUUCGAAGCUCAGAACAACUCAUGCUGGAUCGAAGCCCUAAGAAAGGUACCUCAUAGACUACUGUUGGAGAAAAAGAAGAAUCAGGAACGCGCUCUACGAAAAUUCUACCAGGCAUUGCAACAUGGAAAAAAAUCAACGGUAGACGCUGUAACGUGGUUGAAGGCAAAACAAAGCGAAGCUUGUAGCGCUUGCGUGUUGGAGAAACUCUGCGAGGAUCCGGUGAUUUGGAAUCGUUUGGCCUUACCUUCGACUUUGACAAGCAAGAAGAAAGUCAAGCAAUGCAAACUAAAGGUACUGACCUUGGCGCGCAAGUUCAACUACACAGAGGAAGAGAGAAUAAGGUGCGACAAGAAUUCCCGGUUCAGGACAAUAGAUGGAACCUGCAAUAAUCUGGAUAAUCCCCGUUUUGGAACAGUCCUUACUCCAUUCAGACGUCUGGAGCCACCUGCAUAUGCAGAAGGAAUCUCUACACUUCGAAGGGCUCUCAGUGGAGACGAAUUACCAAACGCAAGGAACGUAAGUCGUUUUGUUCACGGCAGUAAUGGAGCACGCACAAAUCCUGAUUCCCCUAGACUAACUCACUUGACUAUGAGCUGGGGGCAAUUUAUGGAUCAUGAUUUUACGCUAGCACAGACACAAGGCAUUAACUGUGAGUCGAGCAACUCUAACGCAGAAUGCAUCAACAUUGAAGUUCCAUCUGAUGAUUCUAUCUUUCGAGACAGAGGAGUUAGCUUCUUUCAGCUGGAAAGGGAUGCACCUCAUAAGCCAAACACCAUGUGCAAAUUGACUCCGCGAGAGCACAGUAACACGUUAACAGCCUACAUCGAUGCCUCCAACGUGUACGGUUCGACUGAGGAGGAGGAAAAGAACCUUCGAGCCUCGAAUGGCUUACUGAGAAUUCAGGAACUCCGUCACGGUUGCCCGAUGAAGAGUUUGUUGCCUGCACAGCUGCCUGAUCAGUUUUGUGUAUCGAAAGAUCCAAAUAGACCUUGCUUUACAGCGGGAGACGAGCGUGUGAACGAGAACCCGGCUCUCAUAUCUGUUCAUACCAUUAUUGCCCGGGAGCACAACCGAAUCGCGACAUAUUUUGGUGAGAUGACAUCAUGGGAUGGCGAGCAAAUUUACCAAGAAACAAGGAAAAUAAUCGGAGCAGUGCUACAAGUCAUAACAUACAACGAGUUCCUGCCACUGAUUCUGAGCCCUAAAACGAUCAGAAGAAAUAACCUCAAGUUGUUGAAAGGAACCCAGUUCUUCAACGGCUACGACCCACGUAUCAAUGCUCAAAUGUCUGCAUCAUUCUCUGUGGCUGCAUUCCGGUUUGGUCACAGCUUGGUUCAAGAAGAGUUCAUGCGUUUCACCCAGGAUGGCUUUCAACACCACUGUAACAAAGCAGAGUUCAUGCCAAUCCCAGUACUGGAUUUCGGCAACCCAACAUACGUAUAUGAUAAGUGUAAUGGAGGCGUUGAUUCCAUCUUUAGAGGCUUACUUAAAAGUCCCGCUGCAAAAAUGGAUGGGCGAUUUUCAAGUUCCGUGCAAGAAAAUCUGUUUCGAGGUGAGGGUGAUUUGUCUGAUCUCAUAGCCAUAAACAUCCAAAGAGGACGUAGUCGUGGCGUUGCUUCAUACACAACAUAUCGCAACCGCCCAGAGUGCCUUAUAAGGACAAAGGUGAGAACAUUUGACGAUCUGAGAAGAGCUGGUUUUGACCCAGAUGACAUAAGCAAGCUGAGAUCCCAGUACCAAUCGGUCCACGAUAUCGAUCUUUUCACUGGAGGAGUGCUCGAACCUGUGGAUUCAGACGGAGGGGUUCUUGGGCCGACCUUUCAAUGUAUAAUAGCCGAACAAUUUAACCGCCUCCGGGUAGGUGAUCGUUUCUGGCAUGAAAACGCUCCAAACUCUGCCUUGCACACCGACAAAACAGCGUUCACGUCUUGUCAACUUCAGGAGAUAAGGAAAGUUAAACUUGCAAAGAUAAUCUGUAACAAUGCAGAAGACAUCCCCGCUGUUACAAGGAAGGCUCUGGAACAAUCCAAGAUAUUCGUCAGUUGUGAUAAGCUACCUGACAUGAACCUCAAUGUGUUUAGACCAGGCUUCAAAUGUCCGAAUCAACGUGUAAUGGCCGACUCCCCUGCGAGAGACGCCGACUGGUACGGUAUUCCAUCCACAGGGACAUCUGACGAAACUUUUUGACCCACUUUCUCGUCUCAUUUUGGGUCAAUUUCUUUCUUU